GACGUUACUUUAAUCAUCUAUGAUCCAUUGAAUAAAAGUAAUUGUUUUUAUAAAUAUUGUAAUUAAUGUUGUUUAUUAUAUAGAGUAGUCGCACUUAAAUCAUUUUAGUAAAUUCCUGAUUUAUUUUCAAAGUAAAUCUACUGUGUUUAGACUAGGGUUAUCACUCAGAUUAGGAAACGAAAGGCAUAAAGAUGAUUCAACCGGACUAUCCUUCAGCAAUGGGUUUAUUAUCUCAUUUAAACUCAGACGAACUAAAGGAAAUGCUCAAUGAUGACGCAAAAUUUGAUUCUGUCCUUAAAGAUGUGAAACAAGUGAAAGAUUGGGAAACAGAGAAAGAAACAAUAAUUGUCAGUAAUCGAUCAUUGGCUGAGUACAAUUUAAGUAAAGAACCUGAGCUUGAAGGCUUAAAGGCAGAAGUUCAGGAAAAAUCAGAACAUGGCGAAAAUUUAUGCAGUCGUAUUCAAGAAUUGCUUGAUGAAUAUAAAACUAAGUCAGCUGGUAUAUCUCCUGAUACAACCCAAGCACUCCUCCAAACAGCAGCCGCACAGUCUGAGGAAGAAUCAGAAAAUAUUGCCCAGGACUUCCUCACAGGCAAAAUUGAUGUUGACAAAUUCUUAGAGGAUUUUGAACCAAUCAGGAAGACAAUGCACCUGAGAAAGUUUAAGGCAGAAAAAAUGGGUGAAAUAUUAAGGUCGGGCCAGAGUUAUGGAAAUGGGGUCUCAAAACCUUAUCUGCCAUAUCCAAGCUAUGGAAACGUUCAGGGUGUACCAAGUGUACCAUAUCCCAUGGGCCCAUUAAAUAUGCCUAUGCCAGGAAUGUAUGGAAACCACUUUUGAGUAACAGAAUAAUAGAUUUUACUGAAUGUAUAGUGGAAAGGAUUAAUAGGAAUCUUGAGCACUCUAUGCUGUUAGCAUUAAUCAAAUAGUGAUUGUGUGGCCAUAACUAUCAUUAAAGCGAUACAUAGAGCUUUGUAAAAGCUACUGAUACUCAAAAUUCCAAAUUUCCAGAAUAAUAUUUCUGCAAGUGAAGUCACAAUUUUCUAUAAUUAUUAUGCACCAAAUACAUAUAACUUUUAUUCACUCUUCAUAUUCAGUAAUGUCAAUUAUAUAUUUAUUUACAUUAUAUUGUUCAAGAAAUAUAUUGUAGGGAACAUUAUUUUGUAACUGUCCGCUUGAUAUUGGUGCUUGUAAAUAAAAUGUGAUGAUUUUUUUGGUCAAUAGUUAAUAAAUAAUAUAUUAAAUGUCUAUGUAAUGUAUCUAAAAUGAUCAGUUAAACUCCAUGUAAGUCUUAUGGAUAUGUUGUCAUUAUAUUUGUAGUUAUAAUGUUUUAUUUAAAUGUAAAUUGUUUUAAUCUAACUGUGAGUAAUUAAUAGUGGUAAUAAAAGACAGGUUGCAGAUGCCAUUUUAUUAAAAUAAAGUUAUUCUCU